AUGAAGAGUCUGCGUUCUCAUGAGGUCAUUCCACAGCAUAUGAUUCAGUGGAACCGAGAUCCCUUUCCAGCUUCACACCAGACGACUGAGUACAUGGGCUUCGUCACCGCGGCCUUGGAUUGGUCGAUUGGGAACGCCAGAUGGACCAAUAGGAGGCUGACAUAUGGCGCCGCCUGGAUGGUUGAACGCUCACGCCCAAAGGAUUCUCUCAGCCCAAAGGACUCUCUCAGCCCAAAGGACUCUCUCAGCCCAAAGGACUCUCUCAGCCCAAAGGACUCUCUCAGCCCAAAGGAUUCUCUCAGCCCAAAGGACUCUCUCAGCCCAAAGGACUCUCUCAGCCCAAAGGACUCUCUCAGCCCAAGGGAUUCUCUCAGCCCAAAGGACUCUUUCAGCCCAAAGGACUCUCUCAGCCCAAAGGAUUCUCUCAGCCCAAAGGACUCUCUCAGCCCAAAGGACUCUCUCAGCCCAAAGGACUCUUUCAGCCCAAAGGACUCUCUCAGCCCAAGGGAUUCUCUUAGCCCAAAGGACUCUCUCAGCCCAAAGGACUCUCUCAGCCCAAAGGACUCUUUCAGCCCAAAGGACUCUUUCAGCCCAAGGGAUUCUCUUAGCCCAAAGGACUCUCUCAGCCCAAAGGACUCUCUCAGCCCAAAGGACUCUCUCAGCCCAAAGGACUCUCUCAGUCCAAAGGACUCUCUCAGCCCAAAGGACUCUCUCAGCCCAAAGGACUCUCUCAGCCCAAAGGACUCUCUCAGCCCAAAGGACUCUCUCAGCCCAAAGGACUCUCUCAGCCCAAAGGACUCUCUCAGCCCAAAGGACUCUCUCAGCCUAAAGUAUUCCCUCAGCCCAAAGGAUUUCCACAGGAUUCGCUCACUGGAUUCUCUGAGCCCAAAGGAUCCUCUGAACCCAUAG